AAAGCGUGACUACUUAGUCCUUAACCAAGUUUAAAGUCAGUUCGUCACUAGAACAAGCAGUGUGCUAAUUGUUUGUUUUCAAACUAUUUCGUUUUGUUGAAGAAAACUAUGAUACCUAUUCAAAACAAUGUGAUGGUGACUUUUCAAUUCUAAUUCAAUAAAUAUAUUCUUAUUCUUAGAGUAUAGAUACGAAUUUAACAAACUAUAGGUAAAAAUUAGAAGUGGUGUAAGAGGAAAUCAGAAUGAAGAAGAUACACUUAGCUGAUGCGGUGUUUGUUCUUACAACAAUGAUAGUCUGCUCCUCGCUGCUAACAACAAUGGCUGCUGUGACAUUAUUUCCUCAAAUGAUGGCAACUCCUUUUCCAGUCAUCAAUAAUAACCGCGACUGUCCCCUGUUCUGUUCCGGAACUGACAGAGAGAUGCAUAGUCCAAUUUGUGGAACUAAUGGAACAGCCAAUAGAAGCUAUGAAAACGAAUGCUUCAUGAGAGUUCUCAACUGCCGAUACAACACAAACUUCACAAAAAUCCAUGAAGGACUGUGUAAGUCUCCUUCAAGUGCAGAGGGUGAGUCGAUGCAAGGAGUGAGUCCUACACCUGAUAACUCAUCCCAGGCCACUACUGCUGGCGUGGAAGUACCAACCUCUCAAACCUCUUGGUUUGGUUCCUCAUCAAACGAUUCAAGCGCAGCCACCAAUUCCUACGAAGUGUAUGAGAAUGUACAGGAAAAACAAUCAAACAAUCAAGAACAAUCCAACUCAUUUUCUUCUAUUGGUACCACUGUGACACCAGACAGUACUACCACUACAACUAUAGAGGCAUUCAAAUCAUUAGAAAACUCAGGCACCUUGAAUUCAACUAGCAGUUCUAUAGCAACAACCCAGGAGUUUUCAAGUUUUGAUCAAUCAUCCUCCUCCACUGACGCAGCUGUGAAGGACUUGAAUAAUUCUACUAGUGAAAAUACUGAAGUGACUACAAAGGUCUCCGAGAAUGGGUCAGGCAUAACUAGUGAAACCAAUCUUUUCAAGAUUCCUUCGAUAUCCUACCCUACAGAUCAGUUGAAAAACGGUGAUGAUUCACAAUCAACCACAGUUAACCCUAUGCCAAACAGUAGCACUGGAAUAAACUGAUUGUAUUUUCCAAAUAUAUAAUAAUUGUGGGAAAUUGUAAUGUACCGUAUCCGAGUAAAGUUGAUGAAAAUUGAAUGAAAAAGACAAAGAAAUUGUCAAAAACCACAGAUUUAUCAGGAAUAAAUCUAAAGACUAAAAAAAACUGAUUGUAUUUUUCAAAUAGAUAAUAGUGGGGAAUUGUAAUGUACCGUAUCAGAGUAAAGUUAAUGAAAAUUGAAUGAAAAAGACUAAGAAAUUGUCAAAAACCACAGAUUUAUCAGGAAUAAAUCU